AUGAAGUUUAUUUCCCUCGUAGCCGCGGCCGGUGUGGCGUAUGCCAAUGAAGUAGCGUACUGCGACGGUAACAAAAGCUUGAGCAAUCCUGACUGCGACUUCUCGGGCAGGCAAACCCGCUGCUGCCUGUCAUACAAGGCCGGCCCGUUUGUCCAGCAGGAAUUGGGCGCUGUUUCGCAAAACCUCAACUCGCCCGAAACUCAUUACACUUACCCGUGUAAGAGCGGCAGCCGGCAGGGCGUCAUUUACUGCCUGGCGUUGUGA